CAAUGAGAGCAAAGGCAGAGAGAGACUGAGAGUGAGAGGAGGAGAAUGGAGAGCAUGAACCUGUGUAGGAAACACAACUGAGACACCAAGCUGGGUGUUAAACCUGCACCUCCCGGACUGCCGACUGAACUCACUGACACAGAUCUUUAGCUUGUUUGCUGAUAAAGAGAGGAGGAACCAUGGGACCUGGAACAUGGAGCAUAUUUAUUUUGCUUAGUCUGUCUUUCUGGGGCCACAGCCAAGCCCUCACAGAGAACCCUAUUCUCUCCCGGAUACGAAGGGCUCCAGAGGCCAGUGGAGAAAGCAAGAAGUGCUCCUACACCUUCCUGGUCCCUGAGCAGAAGAUCACAGGACCCAUUUGUGCCGCCCGCGGUUAUUCAACUGACAAGGACCGAGUGACUCGCCUGGAUGUGGCUUCGGUGCGCGACCUCCUGUCGAAGCAGCGUAGGGAGAUGGAGACUUUGAAGCUGGUGGUGGAUGUGGACGGAAAUCUGGUGAAUGAGAUGAAGCUGUUGAGGAAGGAGAGCAGGAACAUGAACUCCAGAGUGACCCAGCUGUACAUGCAGCUGCUGCACGAGAUCAUCAGGAAGAGGGAUAACUCACUGGAGCUGGCGCAGCUGGAGACACGCAUCCUUAAUGCCACCACUGAAUCACUGCGCCUGGCAUCACGAUACAGGGAACUGGAGACCAAAUACGCAGCCCUGUCUGCAGUGGUGAACAAUCAAUCAGUUCUGAUUGGAGCACUGGAGGAGCGUUGUAUGCAGGUGUACAGCGGCAGACAUGACCAAAUACACUUGGGACCUCCACUUGUGCAGGUGGUGCCUGAGAACAUUCCUGUUAAUGUGCCACGUUUUACCAAUGAGAUCCAGAGGGACAACACAAGAGGCUUUGCCCGAGAAAGGGGCUCUCGCUCUGGGCCGCCACCCACUAGUGGCACCCUGGAAGUUCAGAAACCUCCACAAAGAAACUUCAGUGCUGAAGGCCCGUUCAGAGACUGUCUCGCGGCGCAGGAAGCUGGCCACAGCACCAGCGGCAUGUACUUGAUCAAACCAGAUGAAGCAGAGAGGCCAGUUCAGGCCUGGUGUGAACAGGAUAUAGACAACGGGGGCUGGACUGUCAUCCAGAGCAGGCGAGACGGGUCCGUUAACUUCUUUAGGAACUGGGAUAACUACAAGAGCGGCUUUGGCAACAUAGAUGGGGAAUACUGGCUCGGUCUGGAAGGCAUCUACAACCUGGGGAGGCAGGGGGACUACAAGCUGCUGGUGGAGCUGGAGGACUGGAUGAACAAGAAGGUGUAUGCUCAGUACAGCAGCUUUCAUCUAGAGCCUGAAAGCGAGGGUUUCCGCCUGCGGCUGGGCACCUACCAGGGCAACGCCGGGGACUCCCUGAGCAGCCACAACGGCAAACAGUUCACCACUCUGGAUCGAGACAAGGAUGCAUUCUCAGGUAACUGUGCCCAUUUCCAUAAAGGAGGCUGGUGGUACAACGCUUGCGGCCAAACCAAUCUUAACGGUAUCUGGUACACCGGAGGUGUUUACCGCAGCAAAUUCCAAGAUGGGAUCUUCUGGGCCGACUAUGGUGGAGGCUUUUACUCUAUGAAGGCUGUCCGUAUGCUGAUCAGGCCCAUAGACUGAGGAGAGAGACUGAAAGCCAGGCCGGUCCAGGGGCAACUGUGGAGGCCAGGGCAAACUUGAACCUCACUCUUUAUUGUGACUGUAUAUGUCAGCAACUGGUUGAUCCUAGAUAUAAAAAACUACACCAAUGGAGAUUACCAACCAUCAUGUAGUGACUUGAACUGCCUCCUGUAACAGACAUGGACUCUGUGUGAACGUUGUUGUUUUUAUAUGAUAAUACAUGCACACAUAGAGGGAUUUAAGGGAUAUUUAAAGUAAGCCAUACAGCCCCUUCAACCAGCAAAUACAUAUGAUGGUGAAGGGAAAUUAAAAAUAAUUAAGUUAUAUUUUGCAGCUAAAUAAUGCAAACUUUAUAUCUGAUUAGGAGACCACAGUGUUUUCCUCAUUACUAUGUCACCCCGUGGAGACGAGGCGCCAACAGAACUUCAUUGGUAUUGAUGUCGUUCAUAAGCUUUAGCAUAACAGGAUCUAAACGCAGCUCUUCCUACCUCGCCAAGAUAAACAUGUGGGGGAAACACUCAUACAUGGUAUUUUACUUGUGCUAUAGCUGUUAGGAGCUGGAAAAUACAUUUUGUUAAUACCUAUAUAGACUCUGUAUCCACUUCCAGAUCUGAAAAGACCAACAUCUUAAGGAGUUGGACAGAAAGGAAAGUGGUUUAAAUGUUCUAUGUACACGUAUGUGCACUCCCUACACUUAAAAUGACUCUUAUACUGUAUGUUAAACUGCUUUGUCCAAGUUCAGAUGACCAGAAAGUAUAAUUUAUGAGUACAAUUAACUUAUCAUAACAGUGAAAAAGGGCCAGGUGUCCUGAGGGAACAGUAAAUGAUCCAACAGAAAAAAAAGAACUAAUUUCCUCCACUGUACAAAUGACAAUCAUUCUAAAAGUGUGCUUGCACGUAUGGAAAUUGCUGUUAUAUGUUUUUCUCAUUGGGCUGUUGAUUAAAUUUCAGUAUGACUCUGG